AUGACACUAUCCUCAACAACACAAAAUGGAACCUCUUCACCUGAUUCUCAAGAACUGAUUAAAUGUCGUAUUCAAUUUGUCAACGAUAUAGACCCUUUUCGUUGUUCUUCAACAAAUGCCGGUCUUCACAGAGAGCCUAUAAAGCCCAUUCAAUGCAAUCUACAGCUACAUAGAUCUAUUUCUGAACAAUUACCUGAAUUAAUUAAAUUACUUAGAGCUCCACAUAAGAGUGGAGAUUGUUGCCUUCAAGUACAGUGUAGUGGAAUUAAAAAUGGAGAUGAAUUUGCUUCUUAUUUGGAUUCGGAAUUGACUUUAAGUGAACAAACUGAGGAAUUGGAAUUGUUGCAAAAUGAACCGUGAGUUUUCUCUUAUAAAUAAUUUUUUUAUUAAAAUUUAAAUAAAUACAUAUAUUCUUUAAAUACAAGUACACAUAUUUUCUCCCUCUUUUUUUAACGUUCCUUUUCCACU